UUGCAGAACAUGACUGAUUUUCACCUGGACCUCAGUCCUGUCAAAGAGCCUCUAGGUUUCAUCAAGCUCCUUGAGUGGCUCUUUGCGAUGUUUGCGUUUGCUUCUUGUGGAGGAUACAAAGGUGUCACCACACUUCUGAUUUCCUGUCAUGGCGCGGUGAAUAAAACAAUAACAGCCUCUUUCAGUUAUCCUUUCAGGUUGAACACAGUGGUGUUUACUCCGCCAGACCCCACCCGUUGCAAUGGCACUUGGACGGAUGUCUACCUUGUGGGCAACUUCUCCUCCUCGGCCCAGUUCUUCGUCACGUUUGGAGUCCUGAUCUUCUUCUACUGCAUGAUGGCCCUGGUCUUUUACAUUGGCUAUAUGCACGCCUAUCGGAAUGGUAGCAAUUUCCCAAUGAUCGAUUACGUUUUCACUCUCUGUGCUGUUUUUCUGUGGCUAGUCAGUACAGCUGCCUGGGCCAAAGCCUUGGUGGAUAUCAAAAUAUCGACCGGUUACCACAUUGUGGAAGAAAUCCCAGCGUGCAAAAUUGUUGGAUCCUCCUGUGCGUUUGUUUCCGUUACCAGCAUGGGAAGUCUGAAUGUGUCUGUGGUUUUUGGCUUGGUGAAUAUGAUUCUGUGGGGUGGAAACGCUUGGUUUGUAUACAAGGAGACUAGCCUGCACAAACCUAACAGUAAUUCUCCAAAAUCAGGAUUCUACCCACCGACAGCAGGAAUCUGA